AUGAAAAUUUUCUCUGUACUCCCCUUGCUCUCUUUGGCCUUUGCCAGCACUCCAGCCGAAGAUGGUGAAGUGGCUUUAACCAUAUGUGACUUGCACAGUAAUUCUAAAGACAUUUAUGUUUAUAUUAAGUCUGAUGGAUCGGUUACUGAAAGCGUUGGGGCGCUUCUAUAUGAACUGAAAAAUAAUUUAGUGUUCGAGGGUGGUCGAUAUUUGGUUCUCACAAACAACAAGCUUGCCAUGGCAUACGAAUCGGAUCACUCUGUUUAUAUUUAUGAAACUACUUUGAGGCAUGGAUCUGGCCCAGUUUUUGAGCUCUGCGGGGACGGCCUGAUUGGUGUGGAGAGCGGUUGCGCAGGUGCAGAGUCAAUUCUCAUAUCAACCAAUAAUUGA